AUGGACGACCUUUACUUUACUCAUCUGCAAGAUAGUCCAUGUUCCUCGUACGCACCUGCCCUCGAAGGCCAUGUACCUACGGAGUUCGUUACCUCCGCUUCUGAUCCUGAGCAUGAUGACGUCAAAGUCAGCGGGACAUGUACCGACAACCAAUCGUAUCUCACUCCGACAUGCGGCUCUGCAGAAGUCUUGGACUAUAUGCAGCUGGCUGUAGCUUCGAGUAAACCCACCACCCGAGGUCGUCGAGCCGCCCAUGCAUCCGUGGAAAUGAGAUACCGGGCAAGGCUGAACGCUCAAGUCGACAAACUGGAAUACGUCCUUCACCGAAUCGCUCCAGUCACAGACAUGGAAGACUCCUUCUCUGACAGAGCUCGAACCCGACCCAAGUGUCAAACCAUCGACAGCGCAACUAGCGAAAUCUCCAAUCUUUGGUCUCGCUACAAGAAACAGAGAGGGCAGAAUAAAGAUCUGUCAUACCGUGUCCGGGGACUGCAAAAGCUAGCCUUUUGCGAGAAUUGUCCUCUGAUGGAAGCUGCGCAUUCCCAGAUGAGUCCCACGCAUGACUGCGGACAGAUAUGUGUGGACGUAUUGUUGGUCUGA